GGUCCUCAACUUCAUGGCGUCUCGCAGCAAACCGAAAAAGAUGAAUAGAAGGCAGCAGAAGUACAAGGAAGUGGUUCACCAUCGUGUCAGUUCCAAAACACCACCAGUUCAAUAUACUCGCCGACUGAAAACGAAAAAGCAGAAGAAACUUAAGCAAAUCGGCUCCAUCAUUCGGAAACCCGGGACUUUUGAUCGCCCACCCCUGGAUGAUUCACAGCACAUUCCAGCCAGCUUUAUCGAAAUGCUUCAGCGUAAGGCACUUAAGGGCAAGCGUAUGAGAUCAGUCGUUCGAAGUGGCGUGGGUGACACUGUGGGAAUGAAAAAACCUGUAGUCAUCAACAAAAUGCCCAAACAAGGUAAACAUGAAUCAGACGCCCAUUACAUUGGCCGUGUACACAGAGAAGUUGAGGAGGAACUCGCAAAAGUUCAGUUUGCAAAAGCUCAAAAGACCAGGCUUAUACUCGAUAAGCCUGUGAAGACCAAGAAGAAGGUCAAAUCGAUAAAACGAUUGCGUGAGAGGAAAAAAGCUAAACAGGCACGGGCUUUGGAAAAGCGAUCCACUGGCUACGAACACCUCAAGGAUGAAAUACGUUUCAACGAGGUUGUCACUGCUCCGCCGACCAAUUUGACGAAGCCCAAGAAAGUCGGAUCCACAACGUUACGCGGUGGUGCGCAUCCCAUCGACAAAAUAUUACAAACUUGGUGACCUCUUUCAUCUACCCACCGUCAGACAGCCAGAUGACGUUGACCAUGUUAAUAUACUCAAGACUCAUUUUUGUACAACAAUAAAGAUGUAUGAUACAGAUCCACACUGUAAAUUCUCACAUCCGC